CAGCAGAAGUCACUCCCCAGUCCCCUCCGAGAUGAAUUGGAAAUGCCUGCUUGAAGUAGCCUGCACAAACUUUUCUCUCUCCACUACUGGCGUCGCAAACAAUGUCCACCAUUUUUAGGGCUCGCCAAUCCGGUGGAAAAAUGGUGAGAGACAGGCGAAUGGCCGCUCCGAAAAGCCCUUACGACCGCCCAACUCCUCCCCAAAACCACCCACAUUGGUUCACCGGACUCGUUUUCCCUGCAACGCGGAUGAUCGCUACCGGUGCAGGAAAACUUCUCUCCUCCGUCCUUCUCGACACAUCGUCAUCUUCGGACAGGGAUUCCGGUUCUGAGGAUGACAUCGACAAUGAUAGUGAUGAUAAUGAUAUGAUUGAUAUCCCUCCUCUUGAGGUUGAAGAAUUGAUUAAGAAGAACGGAACUUCAUCAAGAACAGCCAAGCGCUUUAGGAAGGAGCCUCACCUAACUGUUGAGAAGAGUGAAACGAAGCGUGCAAUUGAAAUUAUUGAACCGCUACUUUUGCAGGAGACCUUUUCAAGGGAAGAAAGUGACAGACUUAUAAAGAUCAUUAAUUCACGAGCUGUGGAUUGUUCCAAUAUAAAAGUGGGACAGGAUGGAAGACUAAGUGAGAUACCAAGCAGAACAGUUGCCAAUGAUAUUCCUGGUCUCUGCAAUAAAGCUGUCAUGGAAGCAAAAAAAUGGUUAGAGGAAAAGAAAGAGGGAUCAAGUUCAAAAUCAGACUUGGAUUAUGGAACCUGUACUUUUAAUUUGGUUGAGCAACCACACGUCACUGAAGGUGAAGUGGGCUCACCAGCGGAUGUGGCCAAAUCGUAUAUGCGGGCUCGUCCUCUAUGGGAGUCUCCUUCUGUAAGCUUUUUUGACAUAAAAACCCCUUUGCAAGUGGGGAUUGAACUUUUUAAGGAAGAAACACCAUAUUCAGUUGGUGGAAAUUCUCUCUCCACAUCUAAGCAGAAAAGGGAUUCUCUUGCCACUGGUUCAUGGAAUAUCCUGGAGGAGAUACGAAGAGUGCGUUCUAAAGCGACAGAAGAUAUGUUACGGAACCUCCCAUCUGCAAAAAUUGAUCUAUCAUCAUUUGCUUCAGAACCGAAAAGAACCCAAAUUUCAUUGGUUGCUGAUGUGAAAGAAGCAGCUGUGGGAAAUAAAUUGCAUCACUCAAAUUGUUUAGCAACUGCAGAGGCAAUAGAUGCAUCUGCAGACUUGGCCACAGAUCAUGUCUUCCCAGUUCUGGAGAUGAGAGAAGAUGGUUCACGGAAUGAAGCUUUCUCAUCCAAUCCAGCAACAUUUGUUUCGGAAAAAACUCAGGAUUUGGAUGUGAUUCAUAUUAUUGGGGGAGCUGAAGAUGCUGCUUCUAGAUCUAGUCACUCAAUUGCUUUGGAUUUUGCCUCAAAGCAACAUACUGCAUCUGCAGAUUCAAGAUCAAGUGAGAGAAAUUGUUCUAUGGCGAAACAUGUAACUGAAUUGGGAGGCACACCAAAAGCUAGUAGUUCCCAAUCUUCAGGACCAAGUUUCUCUGCAGGAUUGGGUUCAGAGCGAAAUCCUAGAUCAUUUGAUGGGAACUCAAUGCCAGUCAAUUCAAGCCAUAACAAGUUGAAUAGUAGCAUUCCUAUUGAAGGGACCUGUGAACUACUAAGUGAAGCUUCCAUUGAGGUCCCAGUUGUAAAUGAAAUCAACAACGUAGCCAGCGGCUACCGGAACAGUUCUAGCUUGCGAUACGAGGAAUUAUCACUGCAACUGAGACAGCAAAAUUUGAAACGCAGCAUGACUGGCAAGAUUGGCAGCAUGGUCGAGAAGCAACUGCGGGAAAAAAAGAGCAGAUACAUUAAAAGAGGCCAGGGAUCUCCAUUGUGACCUAGAGGUCACGGGUUUGAAAGAAGGAAAGAGCCUCUCCGCAUGCGGAGGUAAGGCUGUGAACAUCUGACCCUCCCCAGACCUUGUAAUGGUGUGAGCCUCGUGCACUGGGUUUGCCCUUUACUAUAAAUUAGACUAGAAAAGAUCUUUCCAUGUAGGGCAAUUGCAAGUCUUAGUGAGAAUGAUGCUAUUGUUGGGCUCAAAUAUGAACAUCUUGAGUUGCAAUUUCCUCAUCUACAAAAGUAAUAUUGUUAA